AGUAGGAUUGGGAAUGAGUUUGUUUUGAUUCUUUUUUUGUGGAGUAAAAGAAAGACCACUGAAUUUAGGACGUGUCGGGGGCUCUUUGAUACCAAAGACUCCAUAUUCACUCCUUGCUGUGUGAAAAGUGAAUGUGAUCAGGAGGACCCAUGUCAAGAAACCAUACUAUCUAAAUAACCAAAUACUGAAUCCACUGAAAAUGUCGAAACUUCAGUCGUUGCGUGUGUUUUUAAAUGAUCGUUUAACGGCGGCUGCUGUGGAGAUUUUCGGUGCAGUUGAGAAAACGGUAGUGGAGUACCAGGAGGAGAAUGAUCGGCUACGGAGACUGCUGCGGAGGACACCAGAGAUACAACUAUGUAGAAUAGACUCCCUGCAGCUCUCUGUCUCUGAAGAGGAGGUUCCCCCUGAGCAGCAGCACUGUGAGCAGGAGUGGAGCCCCAGUCUGGGGCAGAAGGACCCAGAGACCAAACAGAUUAAAGAGGAACAGGAGGAAGUCAGGACCAGUCAGGAGGAAGAGCAGCUUCAAGGGGUGGAGCCUGAUAUCAUAGAGUUCAUAUUCUCUCCUUCCUGUUUGAAAAGAGAAUGUGAUCAGGAGGACCAAACCCAGACUGUGGAGAACAGAGAGAGAGACCCAGUGGAUCUCAAACCUUUUGGCACUGUGACCCACCUAAAGGGUCUCUACAUUCCCUGUGACCCUCCAGGUAAUCAAAACAAUGCCUCCAGACACAGUUCAGCUGUAAGCAGCGACCCAGUAGGACUUGACAGUAGCCCACCAUUGGAUCCCAGUCCACCAAUGGGGGAACACUGUUCCAAACCCAACACCACGCCUAGAAAAACUAGCCACUUUCGUGACUGUGGAGAAACAUUUGCUCUGAAAGCUGACGUGCAGAGGCAUAUGACUCUCACCAAGAAGAGACUCAGUGAAUGCAGCUACGGCAAUAAACUCAACAACUCCACCUGUAAACUGAAGGCCCAUGUCCAACCCUGUAUCUGUCCAGUUUGUGGAAAGAUAAUCAAACACAAAGGAGAUCUAUCCAGGCACAUGAGUAUUCACACAGGAGAGAAACCAUUUGUCUGUGGUGACUGUGGGAAAAGCUUCAGUCAGAAGGGAAACCUGAACUUGCACAUACUGACUCACACAGGAGAGAAACCAUUUGUCUGUGGUGACUGUGGGAAAAGCUUCUAUCAGAAGGGAGACCUAAGAAAACAUAUACUGACUCACACACAACAGAAAACAUUUAGCUGUGGUGUCUGUGGGAAAAGCUUCUAUCAGAAGGGGAACCUUACAGAUCAUAUAAGGACUCACACAGGAGAGAAACCAUUUAGCUGUGGUGACUGUGGGAAAAGCUUCAAUUUGAAGGGGAACCUAAGGAAGCAUAAACUGACUCACACAGGAGAGAAACCAUUUAGCUGUGGAGACUGUGAGAAAAGCUUCACUCAAAAGUCUAACCUGCUGACGCAUGUGAAAAACAUCCACAAAGGAGGAAAACAGGAUGAAAAUUAGGACAAAGAUCUUCUGUCAGAAGAUGGAAAUUAAAAGGCCGGAUGUGGACAACAAAAGCACAGCAACUCUGGAUCAUUCAUGAUGUGGGAUUCAGAUAAAUACCUGUGUGGUGAAUGUACUUUUGUAAAGCUUUCUAUGUAAAUAAAGUUUGAUUUGAUUUCAAUGAUGAUGUAACAAUC